UGAUCAUGGCUUCCAAACAGCAGCUCCAGAGUUGGACCGAGGAGGCAAUUUGUCCCAUUUGUCUGGGUUUCUUCACCGAUCCGGUUACACUGGAUUGUGGACACAACUUCUGCCGCUCCUGUAUCACCCAGAGUUGGGAAAAGAAGGAGAUAAACUCCUGCCCGCAAUGUAGAGAGGAGUUUCCGGAAAGAAACCUCAGGGUAAAUCGGGCCUUAGCGAAUCUGGCCGAGGAGGCUCGAAAAUUAAAGCUGGAUCCGAAAGAGAAGGAAAGUAAACCUCACUGUGAGGUACAUCAGGAAGAUCUGAAGCUGUUUUGUGAGACUGACAAGAAAUUAAUCUGUGUGAUUUGUCGAGAUUCGCGGGAACACAGAGAGCACCGCUUCAUCCCGGUUAAAGAGGCUGUUGAAGUCUACAAGGAUCAACUGAAACUUUCCUUAGAUGCUCUCACGAAGAAGAAAUCGGCGGUUUUAGAAAUGGAACGGAAACAGAAACAGAAGAUUUCUGAAACUAAAGAACUGGCGAGCAGUCUGCAGACCCACAUCACAUCCGAGUUCACUAAAAUGCACCAGAUUCUCACUGAGAAAGAGCAGCGUUUACUCGGAGAUCUCAGGGAAGAAGAGGAGAGGAUUGUAGAACCAAUGGAGAAAAACCUUCGAGAGAUUCAGGAGAAUUUAAAUUCCAUUGAGGAGAAUCUCUCAAAGUUGCAGAAACAGAUGGAGCAAGCAGAUGAGCUGGUAAUUACGAAGGGGAAAGCGUGCCUGGAGAAAAGGGUUAGCGAGGAUAUCCAAUUACUCUCAAUUGCUGAUGCAACUGCCUUGUCUAUUGAAAAGUUCAAAGGGCCUUUACAGUAUACAGUGUGGAGAGAUAUGAUUGCCUCUAUUGACCCCGCUCCAGCCUCCCUGACUCUGGAUCCAAACACAGCGAGUCCCUGGCUCAUCGUGUCUGAGGACCGGACCAGUGUAAGCGUGGGGGAUAAGCUGCAGACACGCUCUGACUCCCAAGAGAAUAUUGAUCACUGGCUCAGUGUCCUGGCAUCGGAAGGAUUCACAUCAGGGAGAUAUUACUGGGAGGUGGGAGUGAGCAACAAGAGUCGGUGGAUUGUGGGUGUGGUCCCAGAAUCUAUGGACCGGACAGAGACUAACGACCCAAAACUGGAGACCCAAUACUGGAUUGUGGGACUUGCCUCUGGAAGAGGUUACUUUGCUGCCACAUCCAGCUCUGAUAUCACCCUUACCCCGAACAUAGAACCCCAGAAGGUCGGGAUUUUCCUGGACUAUGAGGGUGGACAGGUGUCAUUUUACAAUGCAGACAACAUGUCCCAUCUCCACACCUUCACCCACAUUUUCACUGAGAGGAUUGUUCCCAUCUUCUAUCCGGAACUGAAUGACCAUGGUAAAAAUUCCACCCCGCUGACCAUCUGCGGGACUAAAAGGCCCUGACAGAUCCAUCUUAUAGUUUCACCCCGUCUCCCUGCCUCCUGACAGUUGUCAAACAGGUGGUUGUCAGUUAACAUUCCGGGAAUAAACCCUGUACCGGAACUGGGAACUGAAAGAUCAUCAAGGAGCUCUGCGGGGCUGGGGGAAAGAAGGAGGGGGGAGAGAGGAAACAAAUAAAAGCUCAAUUGUAGAGAGGGACUGACUGGGUAGAAUGAGCUGUGAGCUGCAGGAACCCGGGGACCUUCCUGCCUGUAAUGUUGCACCACAGGCGGGAGGUGGCGCUACAUGACGGUGUUGGAGAUGAAUCAGUCAGUGGGUCUCAGACUGGGCUCAGGGGAGUCUUUGCAGGGGGGACACCAAAUCAUUUCUCUGGAGAGGAGUAUUUCCAGAGGAUACCCAUAAUAAUAUUGCAGGAUAUGGGGCAAGGGGAGAGAGGAAGAGAGAAAAAAAAAUCCCUUUUUUUUACAAAUUAUCUGGAAUUGGUGAAAUCUCUGUCUGACCAGCUGUCAAUACUUACACUCCGAAAGUUCCAGAAAUCUUGCCCUUCUGCAGGAUGAUGAGGAUCCUCGCUGUCAUGAUUUUGUUGAGCGGCGAGUCUCAGAUUUCCUUUCGGGCGAUGGAGAGGGGAGGCGGGAGACCCGCUGCUGCUGUGGUACUCGGCUCUUUUCAACCCGGACCAAGUACCGUUAAUCAUGCCUGUUUCCGUCAUUUUUUUUUGGUUUAUAUUAACCUCUCUUGGGUUUUUUUUCCGUAGUUGUUCUGACCUGCCAGUUUACCGACUACAAAUAUACACGAUGCCGGAUAUAACAUCGUCAAAUAACAUUGACCAGGGUCGGUUUACCACAGGCCUGUAAAUAUUGCCCAGAAUUGCAUUGUCUGGAACGGUCCAUUUAUUUUGCGCUAAGUUGUAUGUUGUGUAUUUAUGGAAGGAUUUUCUUUCAUGAAAUUGGAGUCUGCCUCUGGAAGUUUAAACAUCUACAUGUAGUGUGGUUGCUACGAAUCUUGCUUUUCACAGUCUAUUUAACUUGAGGAAUACACCAACUGGAUGUAUAUGUAUUAAUACAGAAUAUUAAACAUCUUAAAAGCAGCUUACUUGAAACGUUAGAGGAGACA